AUGUACAAAGGCCAAUUUGCCAAAUGGCGAUGGGCAAAGUACAACAAGUCCGGCAACACCAACGCGACGAAGCCGAGCAAGUCUCGUUCCAUGCGAAGAAAAGGGGUGACCUUCUCGGGCUCAGGAAGCCAUAGGGGCAACGGGCAUGUGUCGAAGCGAGGAUGCCAGUCAAACUUCAUCUCGCAACCAGCCCAGAUGAUACGCCUCUACUUCCAGAGCGAACCGACUUACCUCGUCGAGUCGACUUUGUUGGCUUACGCCUCUUACAUUGCGCGCUGGGCCGACCCCGAAAGGGAGACUCCGUGGAAGAUGAACGGUCCGAGACUGCGAUUACAUAUCGCCAGCGACGAAAUCAACGCUGAAGACCACGCCACCGUGUCGUCGAAUUCGAUCCUACAGAACAUCGCUCUAGCAAUCCGCCAUCUUCGAUGCAACAAUUCCCAAGGAACAACCAAAGGCGGCGUCCUCCUGCGGCACGCCUUCCUCCAAAUCGAAGAAGCCAUCACCUCCGCCGACGAAGGCGACAUCCAAGCCAUCUGGGACUGCUGUCUCGCUGUUCCCCAGCUCCUCAUCCUCCACAACGCCUCCUCUCCCAGCACUAAACAACCUCUGUCAUCAUCAUCAUCACAAUCACCCUAUCGUCAUCAACCCCCGCACGACAUCCUCCCCAUCUACACCCGCUUCCUCCACCACCUCACCACCCUCAAAUACGCCCAAGCAGGCUGCACCUCGCACCCCUUGCACCGAAUCUCUUCGUCGCUGCACCACCUCGUCACCACCUCCGAUUUUGCGUCGCUCCACCUCUUCAUCACGCGCGCCUGGAAGCUGUGGAUCAACACUUGUCGCCAGCUACGGGGUGAGACGGACCAUGUGACUAUCCACCUCAAGAGAGGAUACGUGAUUCUGAUGGACCCAGAACAUGCCAUUGUCAAGAACCUAGUGAGUGAUUUCGGGGGGUUGGUGAGGCGGGAGAUGGAGAGGUGGGGGGAGGGCAGGACGACGGAGAGGAUCCUGGAGCUAGAGGGGCUUCUGGGACGAAUGUACUUGCCGCUUUUCGAUGCGGGGGUUGUUGUUGGGCCUGGGGCAGGGACGGGGGCAGGGCAAAGGGCGAGAGGGAUGUUGGGUGGGUUGGUGGAGCGAUUGGAGGAGAAGUAUCGGGUUCGAAACGGGAACCGCGGCGGUACCUCUAUAAUGGGAGUGGUAGCGGAUGCGGGAAGUGUUGGCAGCGGCAAUAACAUGAUAACCAGCGCACCCAAACCACGGCACGAAUGCCACGAUCUCGCCCCAGGACAUCUAGGACAACCCCCAUUUCCAAUCCCCAUGCAAGAUUGGGAAUACCUCGAUCGCUACCUCUUCUUCUCGGCGCACCACUUCCUAGCUUCCAUCGCCGAUCAUGAAGGGGACGACUCUACUGCCGUUGUACUUCGCCGAAAGAUCCUGGUCAUGAACGGUGGUGGACUUCCUUCUGGUACCGUGGUAUCUAGCAGUGACAAUCACCAGCAACUUCCUUUUGGCACGGCCGUGGGCACGGGUAUGCACAUGGGAACGGGAAUUGGGUUGGGACGGGGCUUAGGCCUGGGUGGUACAGGUUUGGGCAUGACCAUGGGACCGGUGGCCUCCAUGGGCCCUUUUGCCGCGGGACUGGGAACGUCAACAACAACAACAAGAGGAAGAGACCAAUUUUGGGUGCAAACGUCUCGCAAAAUGGAGGCGUAUCUGAGGGAUAUGGGGAAGUGGGAGGAGGCGGAGGAGGUCAGGGGAUUGUUGAGGGAUAGGGAGAUGGAGGUCGAGAGGGACAGGGAAAGGGAGAUGGGGGUAAUGGUGCCGUCGCCGGUGGAACUGGAACUUGGACAGGGGCGGGACUUCCACUUAGUGCGGGAUAUGCAAGUUAUGCCGAUGACUGCUGCUGCCCCUGGUCUACAUAUGGGUAUGGGUAUGGGGAGAGGAGCGUCAGGGACUAUGAGCGACGUGCCGCCGCCGCCGUAUGGGAUGCCAGGGGUUGCACAUGGGGCAGUAGGGAGUUUAGGACCUCUACAUGUACCUCUGGGGACUAGGGCUGCUGCUGGUGGUCGAUACCUCUUGGGUAAGAUCUAG